AUGCUGGAAGAGGCCCCUGUUAUAGCAGGACUUUGUGUAGUGGAUUUCCAUCACACUCGAGGCCCAGAGACAGAAUAUUGGUGCAGUUUACCCGCUGGAACGGAUGAGACCAAGAUAUGGCCCAAUUUGCCCUUUCAGGCUUUACCAGAUGGAUCACACUCUUUUAAAGAGACGUUUACAUAUUUCACCUUAUUAUUCAAUGAAAAGAAGAAGUGUAGUCCUGAAAAUGGUGCUACUGAACUACCGGAAGAUGAAUUGAAGGAUUACGUUACCUUUUUCGCAAUCUCAUGCUCAAGACAAAUUCGCAGUGAUGAAUUGAUACACAGAGGUAGUGAUAUAACCAGAUCUACAGUGCAAAAAGCUAUAGUGGUCAUAUCGAGACAACCGAUCUUUGGCCAGAUAAAGGAUAAGUUGAGUCUGGUCACUAAUGCUUUUUUCAUGCAACGAAAUUUCUCUGAUAGAACCAUCAUAUCUUCUCUGCAUGAAAACCUGAUGUCCAUGUUCAAGGUUUCACCAGGCAGUCCGCCGGAAGGCCAGCUUUAUGUGGGCUUAUCUCUGCGAAAAAUAAUAUAUGAUCUCAAGAAGGAUAUUCUAGUACUACUCAAGGCUCUUUUAUUGGAGAAACAAAUCAUUUUUUAUGGUACCAAUGUUGAAGCUCUGUGUAAUUUACAAUUUGGUUUAAUCAGUCUCAUACCAACCCUCCUGUCCAACCUUCACUACUGCGGAAGCCCACAGUUGCACGAGCCGUUAGAAGAGCUGAAUGUUGCAACUUCAUUCAAGUCAAGUGAUCGUCAAUCGGUCUUAGCAUUCCUUGGAUUCCCACUGCGCAUCUUUGAGAAAGGUGGUCUUUUCUCGCCUUAUACACCACUGCAGCAGAUGGAUGAUAUUAAAUCGAAGCAUACCCAGUUCUUCAUGAUAGGAAGCUCUAAUUCUCUGCUAGCGGAACAAAAGACAGAACUGUGUCACAUAUUUGUGGAUGUUGACGCAUCAGAAGUCGAAAUCAUUGACAAGUCCUUGAGCCCUGCUUUACAAUUAAGCGGGAACGAUAAGAAAUGGAUUGACUCCAUAUCAAAUAUUGUGUCGCAAAGUUGGAAUGAAAAUGAUCUUUAUACGCCGAAGAAUUCUCAGUUCGAAGGUAGUGAGGAUUUUAUUCGCUGGCAAUUUGAGGAUUAUUUAACUCGAUUACUGUCAAGCAUCAAGCUGAGCGAAUAUGUUACGUCUUAUACCGAUAAUCAAAUGGCCUUACAAUCAGUACCUGAAGAAAUGCUACGUUCUAAUUCCAUACAACAUUUCAACAAUUCUUGGGUUGCUAAGUGGAUAACAACCGAAAACUAUGCCAUAUUUCGAGAUUGCACAGAUGAUAGGUUGUUUGAUCUAUUCCCUCCGAAACAUCCUUACAAUGGCGUUGAUACGAUGACUAUUUUACAGCAAAAAUUAGCUGCUACCUUCCAGAAUUUAAAGAGGGCUAACAGUCACCCUAGUUUAGAGGAGAAGGCUAAAGAUGAGGAGUCUCAAACUAGCCAAGAACCAUCAGCUGGGUCUGCUAGCGUAGUUUCGAAGGACAAUUUGAAAGGAUCGAAUACGAGCGACAAAGAGCAGAAUUUAUGGUCAUCUUGGAAAGAAUAUUUUAAUGCGAGAAAGCGAGGAAAGAAGAGGGAUGGCGAGGAUGAUAUAAAAUCUACGGAGUAUUUGAACAAUAGUCAUUCCACUCAGGAGGCUAUUGGAAGUGCAUUGGUUGGUCUAGGCUUACAUUAUGAUAGCGCUCAAGAAGGCAAAUCCGGCGAGUCUGAAGAUGAUGAAUGGGUUACAAAUGAAGUUGACGAGGCUUCCAAUGAAGGUGACCAUUCGCGGGAUGAUGCUAUAUAG